ACCCAAGUUAGAUAUUUGUGUGCUUAAUAGAGAGGAUGAUUUGGUGUUGGGUUUUGUAAUUGGUAAAGAAACAGUUCAACCCCAAGAUGUCACAAGCAGCUUCAUCAGUCUGUGAAAAAACUUGAAGCAGCAUUUUCCUCCGCAUAAAGUGCAACAUCAAGGAAACCCCACCCACUGCUGGGUGUCACACUGAGUCCACACGUGUCAAGGAGCAAAUCAGCUUGGAAACAGGCUGGGAUGCAUUAGAGCGCACUGGACUGUGGGCAGGGUUUUUCUAAGACAAACAUCCCAAAGAAAAAGCAAAACUCGUAUAAGAGUUGUGACAUUUAACGCCUUUUAGUGAUUUUUUUUUUUAAAGAUGUUGGUACUUUUACUCACAGGGGCUCGGCAGCACAUACAAGUAUAAUCCCAGCAGAGUCGCGCGUAAAAGUCGUUUUUCCUUUGGAGACCAUGCGCAGCUUCUCAAAGCUGUGCGCCCCAGGAGAGGAGCCACAAACUUUUUCAGCACGAGUCGGAGAUGCGGCCCCGAACGGGACUCUGCUGGUCGGACCCUCUCUGUUCCCGGCUAUCGCCGUGUCCUCCAGAGGAUCAGAUCCAUGUCUGGAUGCCAUCGCGGAGCCAAGUAUUCACACGUCGCCACUAGAGCAGUCUGCGAUAUUUUGUCGGCCUCCCGACAUUCUGGACAACGAGGAAGCCGUAGAGGAUGACCCCAAAGUUUAUUUAGAAGCCAGCGACCUUUGGAGACAGUUCCACAAGUGCGGCACAGAAAUGGUCAUUACCAAAUCCGGGAGGCGCAUGUUUCCUCCACUCAAAGCCAGGUGCACCGGGAUGGACAGAAAAGCCAAAUACAUUCUCCUGUUGGACAUCGUAGCUGCUGAUGACUGCAGAUAUAAAUUCCAUAACUCGCGUUGGAUGGUGGCGGGGAAGGCGGACCCGGAGAUGCCCAAACGCAUGUACAUCCAUCCGGACAGUCCGGCAACGGGCGAGCAGUGGAUGUCCAAAGUGGUCAACUUCCACAAACUGAAACUCACCAACAACAUAUCUGACAAACACGGAUUUACAAUCUUAAACUCGAUGCACAAAUACCAACCCAGAUUUCACAUAGUGAAGGCUAAUGACAUCCUGAAGCUGCCUUAUAGCACCUUUAGGACCUAUGUGUUCUCUGAGACAGACUUUAUCGCAGUAACAGCUUACCAAAAUGACAAGAUCACACAACUGAAAAUAGACAACAAUCCUUUCGCCAAAGGAUUCCGAGACACAGGAAACGGGAGAAGAGAAAAGAGGAAACUACAGCUUUCAUCACCGAGGCCUAAAGAGAUGAGGAUGACAGAUGUGAAACCUGAACCUGUAAAAGACUCGUGUCCACAAUAUUCAGACAAUUCCAAGUCUUCAGAUGCCCGUGAAAGCGACAGUGACAAAGAGGACCAUGAGCAGAACGGUGGACGAGAGGAGCAGAAGUCCCCCCAUGAAACAGAAACCGAGCCCCAGGUUCCCGUCACAGAGAGGACGAUGCAGAGAGAAACGGAGGCCGAACAAAACCACGUCGUCAGUAAAACAGCUGACGGAGCAGGAUGCUGCCCGACACGAGACUCUGACAAGGAACAGCUCCGCAAACUACACGGCACUUUUACGCACGGCUGUGUUUGUUCUCCAGAAAAAGACAGACUCUAUCUGCAGGAUCCCAGGAGCUCCAACAGUGUUUUCCAGUCUGCUCAGGUGAAUUCCUGGUACAGCCUGGACAGAGCAGUGCCGUGUGGACUGAGCCUGACAACGCCGGCCAGGACUCCAUUUCCCAUGAGCCUCCAACAGCACGCGCUGGUACAGGACCUGAUGAGUCUGUCACAUCUCAGAGGCUUCCUGUUUUAUCCCUACUCCAGCUUCUCUGCAGCAUCAGCCCAAAACUUCAUCCCGCCACUGCGGUCCAGAGAGGAUUUCAGAACCUGUUCAAGCCUCCACAGCCCGGAAUAUUUCUCCGCUCCCUUCAUAUCUUCAUCUGUUCCUUAUGUGGGGGGCGGCGGCAUCAAAUAUCUCACUCCAGAGCUACUAACGCUGCCUCAGACGGAGGAGAAGGCCUCAGCGGACGGAUCUGACUGCAGCCAGGAGGAGUCAGGAGCAGGAGGGCAGUGCUGACUCUAGAGGGGUUCUGCUGCUUUAAAGCGUCCCUGCAUGUGAUCUGCUGACACCAAACUUAUUCCACAAUAAAACAUAGAAAUGGCCAAGUGUGCACUGUUUCACCUGACAACACUUCAGAUUUAAUCACUGCGCUGCAAAGAGCGUUUUAGUUCAACAUGUAAUCUAAUAAAGCAGAAGUUCAUAAAUAACAUUCAGCUGUGAUUUUAUUGAGGUUAGAUGCAGCCUGAGUCCUCACCAAGACUCACUGGACUCAGCCUCCAAUCCCAGGGAGAAUCAAACUCUACUGCUUGUGGAUGAUAUUUCCUUCCUAGUUGAACCUUUUAGACCUUAACAAGCUUAUAGAGGUCUGGUCCACAUGAACAUGGGUAGUUUUAAAACUUUCUCUGUGUGGUUUGGCCUUUCAUCCACAUGCAAAUGCAGUUAUAGGAAGGUGAAGAAACCUUUUUCCAGGGUGAACAUAUUCAGAAUUCUUUCUACAGGGUUGAUGUACAGACAGCUGUCGUCUCCUCAUCAUUAACAUGACUGCUGCUAACCUUGUUAACAUUUUGUCAUGUUUAUGGAUUAAUUACACUACCGGUCAAAAGUCUGGGCUCAUCGACAAUUCCAUGUUUUAAAUGAAAACCCACACUUUUAUCCAUGUUCAAACAUAACUGGCACAAGGGUUUUCUAAUCAUCAAUGAUCCUUUCAACACCAUUAGCUAACACAAUGUAGCAUUAGAACACAGGAGUGAUGGUUGCUGGAAAUGUUCCUCUGUACCUCUAUGGAGAUAUUCCAUUAAAAAUCAGCUGUUUCCAGCUUGAAUAGCCAUUUACCACAUUAACAAUGUCUACACUGGAUUUAUCAUUAAUUUAAUGUUAUCUUCAUUGAAAAAAAUUGCUUUUCUUUCAAAAAUGAGGACAUUUCUAAGUGACCCCAAACUUUUUGAACGGUGGUGGAAAUAGCGCAACAUCAUCCCACAGUGAUUAACAUAAUGAGGUGCAAACCUUACAGAUUUUAAGCGGAGCAAAGAACCCAACAAUCCACAGCUGCCCUUGGAUUCCCUGUGGCCAAGCAGUCAGCGACGGUGGGAAGGAACCAAAAAGAAAUCCUAAAAUAGUUAGGGGGGAAAAGCCUCUGACAGAACCAGGUUCAGGGGAGGCAGCUAUCUGCCUCCACCGGUUGGGUUGGGGUGAGGUGGGGAUGAGGGGGGUGGGGAUAGCAGGAUAGCAGAUCCAUCACCACAAACAGAACAUGUUAUUACAUAUUGAGGAAUGACUCCACACAUGUGAUUCCCUUCUUGGCUGAAGCAUCAUUGUUGGCAGCCUGGCUAAAUUAAUAGCUUUCUUCUAUGCUUCUGAAUGGACACAAUGGCUUUAGAGCUACAUGAAUGUCUGCUGGUUUGGCUCUUACGCUGCUUCAGUUGUGUUUUCUAUCUUUUUUUAACAGUGCUUAUGUGGACAGGAUCUGUUUUUGACAUUGACAGGGGAGAACCCCAGUUUUAAAACAAACAAAUAAAAAGCCCAAUACGAUGGAC